GUCAUAUUGAUAUAAAUUAUGUGAAUGGAAAACUCUAAUUUUAGGCAUACAUAGUUAUAAUUUUGAUAAAAUAUAGAAGGAAGUUUGCAGAUGAAUUCAUCACUUUCCCCUUCCUCUUCUACUUCUAGUGAUACCGAAGAUUCCAAGUUAUUUGUGACAAACCGCGUUUCUUAUGCAUUCAGAAUACUAGACCAUGUAAAACUGGGACCUAAAUUAUCAGAAACAGUGAAAGGCAAAGUCAGAUUAGGGGCGAAAAUUAUUAAAGAAGGUGGAAGACACAAUAUUUUCAAACAUUUAUUCGGACUAGCAGAAGGCGAACAACUACUUAAGGCAUCGCAGUGCUACUUAUCAACAUCAGCUGGUCCUAUUGCAGGAUUGCUCUUUAUCUCCACGCAAAAGAUUGCUUUCUCCGGCCAAACUCCACUCGCCUUUCGAUCUUCUAAAGGACAACUUAUUACGACACCAUAUAAGGUAAUGAUACCAGUAAAGAAGAUUAAAAGAGCCAGCCAGAGUGAAAAUGUGGAAAAUCCAGCGAAAAAGUACAUCAAAAUAGUCACUGAAGAUAAUUUCGAGUUUUGGUUUAUGGGAUUUCUACGUUAUGAGAAAGCUUUCAUGAAUCUAGAGAAGGCCAUAUCCAUGGCUACCUGAUCUCACUAAUGUAAAUUGCUAGAUUAAAAUAGAAAUCAGUUAAGAUAGUUUUAGUCUUGAUUUUUGUUUUCUUUUGUAAGGCAUCAGAAAAUGGUGUUCAGAAUACAAUAAUUUCCUACUCUAAA